CGGAGGACGGCUCUUUGCGCUCACGCCCUGCCAGUGCAGGGGAGAGCCGCAUAAAUUACACGCGGAUUUCCUGGUCAGUUUCACUGGGAGCCGGCACAUUGACCCACCCAUCACACUGAAACCCUCCUCACGCCCUCGUCUCUCGCUGUCUGGCUCUCUCCCCACCUACCCCGCCCCAGAGAGCGCUCCUUCCCACCUCCUCAAUGUUUGUUGCUCCACCGCCGCGACACGGAGGGACGGAUCAAGCGGCGGCGGGCGGAUCAGUACCGGCAACCACGGCGCUUUAAACGGGAAACAGCUGGCUGAUACAGCAGCGGCCGCCUUCCUCUGAGCGCGGCGGGGGCUGGAGGCGAGGAGCGCACGCCCGGGGGCAGCAAGCCCGGAUUCCGCUGCAAAUUCAGUGCCUUUUUGACUGAAGUUUGGGCCACAGAGGGAAGCCGCGCUUGGGCACAGGUCUGCCCUUGAGCAAAGAAGAUGACCGAAUACAAACUUGUGGUGGUCGGAGCUGGUGGCGUAGGCAAAAGUGCUCUGACGAUCCAACUUAUUCAGAACCACUUUGUGGAUGAAUAUGAUCCCACAAUAGAAGAUUCUUACAGGAAACAAGUUGUAAUUGAUGGAGAAACAUGUCUUUUAGAUAUUCUCGACACAGCAGGUCAAGAGGAGUACAGUGCUAUGAGAGAUCAGUACAUGAGGACAGGCGAGGGCUUCCUAUGUGUGUUUGCAAUAAAUAACUCUAAAUCAUUUGAAGAUAUUCAUCAUUAUAGAGAACAGAUUAAAAGGGUCAAAGACUCAGAUGAUGUUCCAAUGGUUCUAGUGGGAAAUAAAUGUGAUUUACCUGCAAGAACCGUAGACACAAAACAAGCACAGGAUCUAGCACGAAGCUAUGGAAUUCCAUUCAUUGAAACGUCAGCAAAAACGAGACAGAGAGUGGAGGAUGCAUUUUAUACACUGGUACGUGAGAUUCGCCAGUAUAGGUUGAGAAAACUCAACGUUGAAGAGAAGACGACCCGCUGUGUGCCCUUUAAGUGUAUUGUGAUGGGUGUUGACGAUGCAUUCUACACGCUAGUUCGUGAAAUCCGGAAGCACAAAGAAAAAAUGAGUAAAGAUGGGAAAAAGAAGAAAAACAAAACCAAGAAGAAGUGUUUAAUUAUGUGAAUAGGAUUAACUGUGGAAGAUGUUGGCUUAGCUGGAAAAAUAAAACCUGAUUAUUUUUUGUAUUUUUUGUACAUUGCACUAAAUUAUUAGGCUUUCUUUUUAUCAGUACCUUUAUCAAAAUUUGCUUAAUGGAACUGAUGGCUGUUAGAUUGUGACGGAGAAAAAUGUGUAUGCUUUAUUUCAUUGAAGUGCCAGUAUUCCUUGAGUGUCCACCAUUAUGUUAUUAAAUUGGCUUAACUCUUGUCAGUUGAGAAACAAAUUGAUCUGCUCCCUGGGGCUCUUGUGCAUGUAACUAUGCUUUUUUUAAACAUUUGUCUUUAUUUAUCAUGCUGAAAAUAUGAUAUACUUCAGUGCCAACAGCUUGAUGGGUUUUAUCUCUUGUGUUUAGUUACCUGGAAUAUAUUUUAACUACAUUUUGUAAGGUUGUAAAGCUUGAGGUGCACAUUUUUUACAUUAUACUUUUGUCAAUGAGAUUUCUCUGAAUCCUUCUAAAUGUGCUGACCUGGGCAUGCUCAUUAAUGCUCCACAGAACUGACAAGUGGCCAGUUUUAUAGAAGUUUUUAGAAGUUUGUCUGGUAUUUGUCAUAAUGGGUUUGACAAAAAAAUGUACUUUAAAUCAAAUAAUAAAUGAUCCAAUCUUGUUCUGA